AUGAAGACCCGGUCAACUCCAGGUACAGGUACCGGGUUCAUAAGAAACCCGGACUGUACCGUCCCAUUUGCAGCUAUAAUUAUUGGUGAUGGGAAUUUAUGUGGAUGGGAAAUAGGAAAAGUAGGACAACUUGAGAGACGAAAUUUACCAGGCGUUUUACCUCCAGAGCUUGUCAAGCUUCCCUACCUCGAAGUACUUGACCUUACUCUUAACUAUCUCAGCGGUACAAUCCCUAAAUCAUGGGGUUCAAUGAAAUUGAUAAAAAUAUGUCUCAUUGGGAAUCGAUUAUCUGGUUCAAUCCCGGAAGAGAUAGGAAAUAUCACUACCCUAAAGGAUUUUUGGUUGGACUACAAUCAAUUCUCUGGGCCUCUUCCUCAAACACUUGGAAAUAUCGUAGGCAUAAAUCGAAUAUGGUUAACGUCCAACAAUUUUACUGGGGAAUUGCCACAGACAUUUUCUAAGCUGACCAACUUGACGGACGUACGGAUAAGUGAUAAUCAACUUAGUGGAAAGAUACCUAGCUUUAUAAAGAAUUGGACGAACCUUACGAAAUUAGAAAUGCAGGCAAGCGGUUUUGAAGGGCCAAUUCCAUCAGGCAUUUCUGUCUUGGAAAAAUUAUCUACACUGAAAAUAAGUGACUUAAAGGGUACAGAAGGUUCUUUUCCACCACUUAAUAACCUGAAAAGCCUGAAGUACCUAAUUCUAAGGAGUUGCAAUAUCAACGGCACAUUGCCUGACUACCUUGGCAAUAUGACAAGCCUUAAGGGCUUAGAUCUCAGCUUUAACAACCUUUCAGGAAAAUUUCCAAACACCUUUGCUCGCCUUGCAGAGGUUAAUGAUUUCAUGUACCUAACUGGCAACUUUCUGAAUGGCCCUUUACCGAAUUGGAUGCGUAAUGGAAAAGUACAAAACAUUGAUCUUUCAUACAACAAUUUUACACUGGAGAAUUCACAGGGUUGUCAAUAUCGGACCACUAUAAAUUUAUUUGGAACCUCUUCAAUGAGAAACAACUCUACUGGCGUACCUCCAUGCUUGAAGAACAGUCUUUUUUGCCAACCGAGCCGUCGUUCAUUCAAUAUAAAUUGUGGCGGAGGAGAAUAUGUUUAUAAGGACGGAAACGGUAUUAAUACGACAUAUGAUGCUGAUAAGGAUCCAGGUGGUGCUUCAGAGUUUCACCAAAGCAAUAAUUGGGCAUUCAGUAGCACUGGCGAUUUCAUGGACAACAGUGAUGGGGACACUUAUACAAUUGAUAGUGCAAAUACAUCACUCUCAAUGGCUGAUCCAGAAUUAUACUUGACAGCACGCAUAUCCCCCCUCUCUCUAACUUAUUAUGGGUUUUGUUUGGUUAAUGGUAAUUAUGUUGUGAAACUCCACUUUGCCGAGACAAUACUUUAUACUAAUGACUCAUUUGAUAGUCUUGGGAGGCGCGUAUUUGAUGUCUACGUUCAGGGAAACCUAGAGUUGAAAGAUUUUGAUAUUGUGAAAGCAGUGGGUGGGGCUGGUAAGGUGCACAUUGAAAGUUUACCUGCAGUUGUGACUAGUAAUACCUUGGAAAUUCGGUUCUACUGGGCUGGCAAAGGCACACAAAGGGUCCCUAAGAACGGAAUCUAUGGUCCUCUUGUUUCAGCUAUUUCUGUACUAAAUACUGAUGUAGUACCUCGUGGAAAAAAGAUCGGUGUUGUGGUGGGCAUUAUUGUCGCUUCUGUAUUAUGUCUUGUGUGCAGUAUUUUGGGUGCUCUCUGGUGGAAGGGUUAUUUGGGAAGAAAAAAUGAGAUCGAUGAAGAGCUGAGAGGUUUGGACCUAAACACUAAUUCCUUCACGUUAAGACAAAUAAAAGCUGCCACAAGCAACUUUGCUGCUGAAAACAAGAUUGGUGAAGGUGGCUUUGGACCCGUUUAUAAGGGUCAUCUUUUAGAUGGCACGACAAUUGCUGUUAAACAACUAUCUUCCAAAUCUAAGCAAGGAAAUCGUGAAUUUGUGAACGAGAUUGGAAUGAUUUCUGCCCUACAACAUCCCAACCUUACAAGGCUUUAUGGAUGUUGUAUCGAAGGAAAUCAGUUACUUCUCAUAUACGAAUACAUGGAAAACAAUAGUCUUUCGCGUGCUUUAUUUGGGGAAGAAGAGGUCCAAUUGAAGCUUGAUUGGCCAACAAGACACAAGAUUUGUGUGGGUAUAGCCAGGGGCCUAACUUAUCUACACGAAGAAUCAAGACUGAAGAUUGUUCACAGAGACAUUAAGGGUACCAAUGUACUUCUUGAUAAGGAUCUUAACCCAAAGAUUUCUGACUUUGGUUUGGCAAAACUUGAUGAGGAGGAUAACACCCAUAUUAGCACUCGAAUUGCGGGCACUCGUGGCUACAUGGCACCAGAGUAUGCAUUGAGAGGCUAUUUGACAGAUAAAGCAGAUGUUUACAGUUUUGGAGUUGUUGCAUUAGAAAUUGUCAGUGGGAAAAGCAAUACAAGUUACAUGCUAAAAGAAGCAGAUUGUGUUUAUCUUCUUGACUGGGCUUUGAUUCUUCAAGAAAAUGGAAAUUUGAUGGAUCUGGUUGAUCCAAAGUUGGAAUCCGAAUUCGAUGAGGAAGAGGUUCUGCUGAUGAUUAAUAUAACUCUGACAUGCACCGACACAUCUCCAACACGAAGACCCAAAAUGUCUUCGGUAGUCAGCAUGCUUGAAAGACGGACUCCUCUUGAUAAACUUGUUUCGAAUCCAAUAAGGGAAUCUAGAGAUGAUUUGAAGUUGAAAGCUAUUAGAGACUAUCAUGAGCAAAACCAUGGCGAAAGCAUGACAGAUCACAGCCAAGCACAGAGUAAUUCAAAGGAUUUCAAAUACUCAGAGUCAUCAACAUCUGCUGUUGAUCUUUAUCCGCUCGUUAUGGAUUCAGAGUACUGGAAUAACAGAGAGCGCUCGGAGACUUGUGUUUGAACAUAUUUGAACCAUUAGGUUGUAUGCGUACAUUAAGACCUAGGCACCUAGCUAUUACACAUCAUGUAAUAAAUAUAUUCAAGUGUAUAAUCAUAUGAAACAACUUGUGUCAAAGUGAAGUUAGUUAUUGAGACAGAUUGCCUUAGCUUGGUUGAAGCCAUCAAGAGAGAAAGCUCGAAUCUGCCUUGCGAGCUGGGAGUAUAGAGGCAUAGUUGAAGACAUUGCUUUUCUGUUAAGCUCAAUUUUUUUUUUGAAGCACUGUUAAGCUCAAUAAAUGAACAGUCGGAGUUGAAAGCC